AUGAGCAAGGAGCAGCUCCAGGAGGCGAUGACGCUGUUGUCCAGACUCACGGUGGAACAGAUCCAAUCUGUCAUGAAAGUCAAUCAGGAAACACUCAGUCUUGCGAUGAUGCUCAGCAAACCAAGUCCGCCCUUGAGUGUAAAACAUGUUCAGGCGGUAAAUGAUGGAUGGCAACAGGAGCAGCGAGUUCACUUUCACCAGCUAGUAGCUCGCACUUUUCUAAGACAGGCAGCCAACCGAGAAGUGGACAUGGCAUUACAGUUUGGGGGAGGCCCGGCAGUCUUCGAGCCUGUUGAAGCCUAUCGAGACGGUACGAAGGCGUGGAAAGGAGUUUUGCAUAUGCACAAACUGAACAACCGAGAGCUGGGUGCCAUGGAACGUGAGCUCCUUGACAAAUCUUCAAAGUAUCACGAAGCUGUUCUCAAAGCAUCUCAAAAGAUCGGCAUCCCCAAGACAACAGCAGACAUCAAUGCAGAUAGUCUCAUGAGGACGACAUUCGUGCGCAAUGCUGUUAACGCAGCAGGCAUUAAUAUGGCAGCAACAGCUUUGUUUGACAUCAAAACCCUCUUUGAUGGGGAAUUCCAGAACUACUUCCUCAAGCUAGGCAUCAGCGGCGCAUACGGUAGCACGGUUUCAGCGUGCUCAUCUCAAAUCGAUCAUCCCAUUUUCGGUCACGGCGCUGUGGUGGGGGUUGUUGUCGGCUCGCUAUUCAACAUGGCCAGCCUUGCAUCUACAGGGGACUGGUCACGGUUCGGAAAAAACACUGGCCUUAGCAUGGUUAGUUCGGCGGGGGGGUGGGGAGGGACGCAACUCGGAGCGAUGGCCGGCACCGCUGUUGGCGGUCCGAUCGGCGGGUUAUUAGGAGGUCUGGUCGGAGGUUUGGGUGGAGGGUUUGCAGGACGAUGGGGCGGAGGCAGAUGGUCAGUUCUCGGGGAACUCACCGAUGCUGAGGUCGAGAAGUCAUACGAGACGAUCAUGGAAAACUACGCAAAGAUUGGUGUUUAUCCGGACUCUUCUUUGUCAAAGCGGGACGUUGUGGCCGGGAUGCUGGACCAGAGCACUAGCUCAAAAUCGGUCCUAGUUCGGAUUACAGGAGCUACGGCUGCCGAUCUGACGAACCUCAAGAAUAGUUUGUCGGACUGGCAACAGGGCAGUCCGGAAGGUUUCGAGGUCUUUCUGCAGGGUCUCCGUGAUGCAGCAACAGGCGAAUGA